AUGGCGGCACUGGGUAUGUUGUUUGUGCUGCUGUCAUGUACAGGAGUUGCUAUUGCGGGGUCCGACUGUUACUCUUUGGAUUCCUACUACAAUAACGGGGAUCAGACGAUGUACUACUCUCAUAGAUCUUUCUACUGUAGUGAAGGAUGCUGUGGGGGGUACACUAACACCUACUGUUGUCAGGCCCAGUAUGUUGAUUACUACGACUACACAAGUUAUGUGUCGGAUAAUAUUGGCGGAAUCAUCGCCGGAAUAGUCAUAGGCAGUCUAGUUGGAAUCGGCCUCUUCAUAGCUUUUGUCGUCUUCAUUUGUGUGUAUUGUGUGAACUCAAAUCGUCGCUCAACGCCUGGACGUGUGGUUACAUCAUCGCCGACUGGAAAUCCGGUUACUUACGUCAACACACGUAAGUAG